AUUGCAUCGAUUCCUCGUUGAUUCCCGCCCCCGAGGGUUCCUCCCCCCAUUCACUGUCACUUCCUGCCGGCUCGCCACCGAGUGAAGUCAAUGCGGCGAAGUCACUGCUGCCGAGCGGCGAGAAGCUGCGAGUGGGGUCCCACCACUGACAGGGAGCGGGAGCUGCAGGUCUAUCCCCAGCUAUGGGGGCCCGGGCGCUGUUCCGGGCCGUGAUCAUGGGUCCCCCCGGCUCGGGGAAAGGCACCGUGUCCGAGCGCAUCGUCAGCACCUUCGGGCUGAAGUACGUCGCCAGCGGGGAGCUGCUGCGGGACAACAUCCGCAGGGAGACCGAGGUUGGAUUACUAGCCAAGUCAUUUAUUGAUGAGGGGAACCUGGUGCCAGAUGAUGUGAUAACUCGGCUAAUACUGCAUGAACUGAAAAGUAUAAGUCAAUAUAACUGGCUGCUGGAUGGGUUUCCCAGGACAGUCCCACAGGCAGAAGAAUUGCACAAAGUUUACAAACUGGACACUGUCAUUAAGUUGAAUGUCCCCUUUGAGACAAUCAAAGAACGUCUGACAUCUCGAUGGAUCCACCCAGGCAGCGGGAGAGUGUACAAUACUAACUUCAAUCCUCCAAAAGUAGCAGGGAUCGAUGACCUCACUGGAGAACCUCUGAUUCAGCGUGACGAUGACAAGCCACAAACUGUGAUCUUAAGGCUCCAGGCAUAUGAAGAACUAACCCAGCCAGUUUUGGAAUACUAUCGAAAUAAAGGCAUUUUAGAAGUCUUCUCAGGAACAGAAACCAACAAGAUCUGGCCUCUUGUGCAUGCCUUUGUCAGCAAGAAGUUGCCAGUACUCUGUUAAAUCAAGGAGUUCGACAGCAAGGCAGAAGGCAGACUUACUAUUAAAUUACCCCAUGGCUGAUAGUAUUACUGACAGAGGGGAAAAGAUCCUGUGAAAAUGAUCUUUCGAUAUUUUAGAAGAAAUGAUAAGAGAUUUUUCUAAAUAUUUUUAGUAGAAGUUUUAGGGAAACAUUUUAAAAGUAUUGUUCGUAACUGAUAAGUAAACCAACAAAAAGUAGUUUUAAGAACUGAAAGUAUCCUGCUUUGUUUACAAGGUUAACAAUUUGUUGUACUAGUAUUAAUUAUUUCAAUUUGUGUGACUAAUUAAGAUACAACUUGAGGGUUUAUGCAACCAUUGACUAACUGCAAAAGAUAUGAUAUCUGUACAUUGCGUUGCCCAGGAACAGCAUGUCAGUUGGUUGAUUGGAACCAAGUUGAGUCCUUCAAUAAUUGACCAACCAUCUGUUGCUGAUGCAGUAAAUGGUUCAGGAAGGUGCACAUUCACAGUUCUUUCAGAAGUAUCCCCAAACAUGUCAAUUAGUAUGGCUUCCUGGAGCCAUUGAAGAGCUGCUCUGAACCACUUUCUGUCACUGACCUUGCCAAAGCAGUCAAAUGGGAAGGGAAUUGAUUCAAGGAUCUGUUCGCAGAUGAUGUUUUUAAGCCAAGGAUGCCACCAUCUGGUUUAGAUGUGAUGGAUGGCACUCGCACCCUUGGUUGGGCAGUAAAGCUUGGUACUAAAUUCAGAAGAAUGCUGGAAAUACUCUGACCAACUGUAUCUUAAUUCCAUAUCCUUUGUCCCAUAUCUUUCAGACUCUCUGUUAGUAAGUAUGUUAAUCUCAGACUUUAUAUGGAUCUCUUAGCAAUUUAACACUUUUGUGUCCAGAUAUCAUUCUGACAAAUUGAUGCUGCAUUCCCUCUAGGACUGAUGUAUCCUUUCUAAGGUUCAGUGCCCAGAACUUCUUACAGAACUGAAAGUGCGAUUCCACUAGUACUUUUAAAACAAAAAGUGUGGUAUAACUUAUGCAUUCUUUCAUUAUUAUCUAGAUUUAAGGCCAGACAUUACAUCAGCUGUUUUACUUUUAUUUUUUUUACAAGUUGUUGUUGAUAUAAUAAUGUGUACAUGAACUCCCAAGUUCCUGAUAGAAUGUGGGGGAGUUGAUGGGAAUGUGGGGAAAGUGCGAAGGUAUAAUUGUACGAAUGGUAUAAAUGGGUGCUUUAUGGUAGGUGCUGAACGGCUUGUUCUGUUCUGUUUGAUUCUUUGGACCAUUACUGGUUCUAGCUUUUCGUGACUUACAAAAUAUCCUUUACAGCAUUUUUUUCUAGAUGUAGCCUGGAUGAUGAUGUAUUUGCCUUUUGAUAUCCAUAGCUAUGGUUUUGCCCAUUCUCUUAAUCUGUUAUUAUCUCUUUCCAGUUUAAUUCCAUCUGUAGUCCAUUGUGUGAUCCUCAAGCUCCAAAAUGUGGCCUUUAAUCUGUUUAUGAAUAAAUACUUGUCCCACUUUAUCCUUUCUCCCAAAGCUCAGCCUCUUUCCUAAACAAGUUAAUAUUUUGCUUUGUGGGCUUCAACUUCAUCUCACAGAUGGUUUUGUUUUUGGGGGGGUGGGUGAAAUUAACUGAACACCAAACACAUGUAAGCACUCACCAGUUCAGUCACCUCUGAAAUUCUGUAGUCUUUUUUAGGUUUGAUCUACCUGUUAUAAAUCCACAUUGGGUGAAACAUUUCCUUAGUUAUUGAUUUUCAUCUCUUUCAUACAGUACAUUGGUGUACACAAAUUUCCAAUCUAAACAAACUGUUCCUGAAUCAAGGAAACUUGGAAGAUAAUGAUUAGGACAUUUUCAGUGUUCUUAACUCAUUCCUUUGAACCUUAAGAACUUCUUGGUUUCCAAACUAAGACUUGUUUAUCACGAGUGCAAUUAUUUUCUUCAUUAUGUGAUAUUUGUUUCUUUGCAAGUAUUUACUGUAUUCAUAAACAGAUUAAAGGCCACAUUUUGGAGCUUGAGGAUCACACAGUAGACUACAGAUGGAAUUAAACUGGAAAGAGAUAAUAACAGAUUAAGAGAAUGGGCAAAACCAUAGCUAUGGAUAUCAAAAGGCAAAUACAUCAUCAAGUGUAAACGGUGACACAAGAAAUUCACUAUUUUCUUAAUUUUCUCAAUCACCAUUACCCAUUUACAAGAGGUUCAUAUUGCUCCCACUUUAAUAAUUGUAACAGAGAAUGAAUUGAUUUUGGAUGAUUCCUCCAAGUUUAUGUUAAUAGUCAUUUUUGUGGCUCUUGCUUUUGGUUUUCUUUGUGUAUCUGUUGCCAGAAUCUGGGCUAGCUUUUGCACUUUUGAAUGCUUUUUCUUUGUGCGCUUUUGGCUUUAAUUGACCAUAGCUUUUUUUUUUAAGGGCAAGGGUUGUACAUUGUGUUGCCCUCUAAUGAUUACAUUAUUUAUUUGAACAUUUUUGGCUGACCCUCUGUCAUUUUACCCAUAAACAGAUUUGCUUAGUUUUGUGGAUGGUUUCUAUUUCAUUAUGUAGAAGUUUGCUCUGCAAACAUCUAGAAUCUUGGCUGUUUUAUGUUUCUCAUGAAUAGCACCUUGAGAAUAUUUUAUAACAAUUGUUUAAAUACAUUUAAGUUAGGGGAAAAUAGUUAAAUUUCAAAACAGUGUUUAAAGAAAGAUCAAGUAGUUAAAACAUUUUGAGAGAACAAUUGUUUCUUGGGAACAACUUACCAUUCAUGGAUUCUGGCUGCCAAAUGCCAGCUCCAGUGAACUAGGUAGCAUUUUGCCUCCUAGUCAAAAGGCUGCAUUUCAAAUCAAACAAAAGCAAAAACCUAGGCUGCCACACCUAUGCAGUACUGCGGAAGUGCCAAGGUGAUGUCUUUCGUAGGAGACACUCAACCAAGACCUUGACUGCUCUUUGGGUGGACAGAAGAUCACAUGGCUUUGUUUGGAGAAGGCAAGGAUAGUUGGUCCUGGCCAAGAUGUAUCUCAGUUAACAUGUUUAUGGUAGUACAUUGUGUGCAAACUAAUCCCAUUUCCCAUGUUACAAUAGAUUGAUCUCCAAGCAGCACUUCAUUUGCUUCAUGUGGCUAUGGGACAAGGCUGGUAUAGGCAUUGCAUAAACAUACAGGCAGGUGUUCUCUAUUUAUGGCAAGGCAGAGACCUUUUAAACAGGUUUUAAACUGUUGACCUUCAACAUACACAAUAUAGGCAACCAGAGCUGGAUCCCAGGUGGCCUAGAUACUUGCUGCUCACUACUGUAGCUUCUUACAGUGAGGUAUAUAAAAACUCUAUACUUGGCUAAAUUAACACUUUAAUUAACCAAGUUCAUUUUCUUUUCUCAUCUGUGGGUUUGGGGGUGAAAGGGAGUUUAAUGACUUCACAUGAAAUUAAUUGGACCUAACCUUGAUUCUAGAUUCUCCCAGUAGGUUGAGUAGAGAAUCUCUCCUUGAAGCUCAAGUUUGCAUACACUAAUCUGUAAGCUAAAGAAUAUGUCUUUGCUAUUUCUUUCUGUAGAGAAACCCAAGCAUCUAAAGUCAAAUGUUUACCACUUGAGACAUUUUAAAAAAAAAUGCAAGAGAGCAAAACUUAAACUAUUACCAAAAUGGACUUACUAAACUUGAAGCUUGUUAAAUUCACGUUUUGUUGUUAUGCAGUUAUCUCAAAAUAUGAAGUAAUAAAACUCACAUUUUUGGCCUAUAUUUAGCUGUGACAAUGUAUUGUGUAAUGAGUAAAUGAAAAAAAUACAAGAAGAUAUGGUCAAUGUGUCUAUUUUGUGCAAAUUUGGUUAAGGAAUUAAACAUGUUACCUUGGUUUACAGUU